AGAACUCAAUGGUUUCAACUUUCUGCAAUGUAUACGGCUUCAAAAUUUCAUAGUUUUCCGAUUAUUUUGCCAUCUUAAUGGUUCUUUCACCAAUAAUCAUUUGUUUGGAGGUUAGUGAAAACUAUCCGGUAUCUUUCAAUCUUCAUUAUUUGGCAGAAGGUCUUGAAAUAAGUGAUUUUAAACCGAAAGUGCUAGCGAGUGCUGGAAAGGAGAAUCAUUCUAUAGAACAACGGCAGUUCGUCAAGUUUACGAUUACUACUUUCAUGGCAGAUAUUUCUGACAAAGACACUAGUUCAGAGGAAACGGAGCAAAAGCCAUAUUUUUCUGGCAAUCCAGCUGUCGAAACGACGGAAGGAAUUCUUCAUUUGUACAAAGUAAAUGAAACCCAAACAUCACCAAAAUCAGACCUUUUGUGUAUGUUAUUAGUGCCGGCAAAAAUGUCCUCAACGGACUUGCUAAACUUUAUCUCUCCCUACCGCAAUCAUAUCCAACAUAUUCGAAUUAUCAGAGAUCCAACACCAAACAUUUAUAUGACCUUAUUGAAGUUUGAAAGCAUUGAAAAUGCCCAUGAAUUUUUUAAUAUGUUCAAUGGUACACCAUUUAAUGGUAUUGAACCUGAAGUGUGUCACCUUGUGUAUGUUUCUAAAGUGGAAUCUAUAAAAGGUGGAGUGUCAAACUUGCCUCUUGAAGGUGCAACAGAGCUACCGACAUGUCAUAUUUGCUUGGAGCGUAUGGAUGAGUCUGUGGAAGGAAUUCUCACUGUUUUAUGUAAUCAUUCAUUUCAUAGCAGUUGUCUUGUCAAGUGGCAGGAUUCUACUUGCCCUGUUUGCAGGUGUCUUCAGACUACGGAGAUUUCACAGGAUAAUAAAUGCUCUUCAUGUGAUGCUAAAGAGAAUUUAUGGAUUUGCCUCAUCUGUGGGAACAUUGGUUGUGGAAGGUAUAAUGGUGGUCAUGCUUACCAUCAUUUUCGUGCAACAGAACACACAUUUGCAAUGGAGCUUCAAUCACAGCGAGUCUGGGAUUACACUGGUGACAAUUAUGUUCACCGUUUGGUGCAGAAUAAAUCUGAUGGGAAGCUUGUUGAGUUAGGAACACCUUUAGGAGAUAGUGCGAAUGAUGAUAAACUAGACUCUAUCAAUUUGGAGUAUACAUAUCUUUUGACUAGCCAAUUGGAUGCACAGCGUCUUUAUUUUGAAGAGAAAAUUGCUUUUGUGGAGAAUGAUGCUUUUCAGCAAAUUCAGGCUGUCAUUGAAAAGUCAAAGAAAACUUUGGAGGAAUGUGAGAAAUACGAAUGUCUUUUUUCCAAAUCUGAGAAAGAACGCAAGGUCUUAGAGAAGAAAAAUGUCCAGUUGUCAACUAGACUUGUAAAAUUGGAAAGAGAACUGACAGAUGAACGUCAAAUGAACAAGAGUUUAAGGGAAAACCAAAUUUGGCAGGAAAAAGUUACUAUGCUUGAAACAUCUUUGAAAGAAGCAGAAACACGACGAACUGCUGAAGUGACUGAGUUACGGGAACAAAUUAAUGAUUUAAUGCAGCAUUUUGCUACGCAAUCUGCCAUCGCUGAGGCACCUGAAAAACUAAAACAAGAGAUUCAAGAAGGACAAAUGUUCGUGAAAGAAAACCAAACUCAACCAAACACUCGUAAACAGAGAAAAAAACAUAAAUAGCUCAAACAGCUUCUUGAAAUUGAGAGAAAAUCAAAUGUAUCCAUGUAUUAAGAAUGAGUAUUAAUGCACGUGUUUUGAUACAGUAGUUUUAGUUUUCUCUAAGUUUUCGCUGCUGGCGUAAAUUAAAGUUUAAGUGUUUCAUUGAUUCGCUGGAUGUGAAUCAUUUUCACCUGAU